AUGCCGCCAACGUCAACGUUCUCAAAUUCAACAUCUAUCCGAAUGCUAGUCUCGGGAAGACGCUGCCGCAUCGCUCAACGUCGUCACAACCACCUCCAGGGCUUUGCUCUAGUUCAUACUAAUAAUAGCGGCACAGUUGCUCUGGUCAAGCUCAUCCAUCAGAAUAUAGAUCAGAAUUCCUUCGCAAUUUCGUUGAACAGCCCAAAACCUAGUCGUUUGAGGAUAUCCACAGGCGAGCUGAAGAUCAACUUGGACGUUUCUACGCUUCCCCUGAGAUAUCUAAACCUUAUCGGUGACGACGAGAACUCGUGCAGUUGCGUGAAAGGAAAUUGCGCUUGCUGUACAUUCAUAAGAAUUCCGGAUUUUCAUCAUGAAUUUUGCGUGAACGCCACAUACAAUCGCGAAAACGUCGGUCUCGAUUUAUCUAUCGGCAUCGAUGGCCACUACUACACUCAGGAAAUUUCUCUUCGCAAUCCGCCUCCUAUCUGUAUGUCUGUUCCGUUUGCCGAGGAUAUCGCCGGAAUUUGCGUCGCUCUCACUGAUCUUGACUUAUCGAAGGAAAAGCGCACUCUGUCAGGAUGUGUUGAGCUUGAAGUCGAAGUGGUACAUCUAAGGGUCGUUCAUGUUCGCCUCGGUUGCUUUGUUAUGCCUAUCUGAAGAUUGCUCAUUACUCAUAAUAAAUAUUCCGCUUAUUGAC